AUGACCACAAGACAAGUUCAGAUCGCCGUCAUUGGUGGGUGUUCUGUUGGCAAGACGGCACUUGUCGUUCAGCUCAUAUCAGCAUUGUUUGAAGAGGAAUACGUUCCUACAGCCGACGAGGACCGUGUAGCGAUGCUGGACUAUGGUGAGACUUCUAUUAAGCUGGUGAUUCACGACACCUCCGGCAGUGAGAAGUUUGCUGAAGCUAGAGAAGAGAAGUACACCACGGCAGAAGGGUUUUUAGCAGUCUACAGCAUUGAAAGGAGACGGUCGUUCAACGAACUAAGAAUGUUUUUGGAAAAGCUGCAACAAGUGAGAGGGAUUAGGAGCAUACCUCUUGUGGUUGUAGGAAACAAGGUAGAUCUUCAGAACGUGCGGGAGGUAGAAAGAAGUGAGGGAGAGGAACUGGCCAAGACGCUAGGGUGUCCUUUUGUGGAACUCACGGCCAGGGAGAGGGACAGUGUAGUGGGUGCUUUCAAACAACUGAUUCGGGAGAUGGACAAAACUGCAGUAGUCAGGAAAGAGAAUAUGAAGUUAAAGUUGACACAUUGUACUCUUUGUGCACUUCUUUGA